GGCUGACCGACCGACUGGGGGAAGUGAAACUGUCAAUGUUUGAAGGAUCCUGGAUGAUCAGCUGUCGGUCCUCCCCAACAUCCACUGAUAGCAGCCAUCGUUAACAGGAGCACAGGGUAAACAACACACCGGCAGCUUCACGUCGCUUUUUUGUUUUACGGCAGCAUGAACUCCCUCUCAGGAAGAGCCGCCCUGUCUCUGUGCAGGCGCACGGCAGCGGGCGGGAUGAGGGUGCUCGCCGGGUCCCCGGGUCACCCUGCCGGGGGACUGACGGCCUCUCUCCGGGCUGUGCGGGUCUGCCACUCCGGGACGAACCGCAAGGGCAGCGUCAGCACCAAGAAGAGGGGCUACGACAUCACCAGAAACCCACACCUCAACAAGGGAAUGGCAUUCACCCUGGAGGAGCGCUUACAACUGGGCAUCCACGGCCUGCUGCCCCCCUGCUUCCUCUCCCAGGAUGUUCAAGUGCUGCGUGUCAUGAAGAGCUAUGAAACGCGCACCAACCCUCUGGACAAGUACAUCUUGCUGAUGACACUGCAGGACAGGAACGAGAAGUUGUUCUACCGCUUGUUGACCUCUGACAUCGAGGAGUUCAUGCCCAUCGUGUACACUCCCACUGUCGGCCUGGCCUGCCAACAGUAUGGACUCGCCUUCAGAAGACCACGAGGACUCUUCAUCACCAUCCAUGAUAGAGGCCACAUUGCCACCUUGCUCAACUCCUGGCCUGAAGAAGACAUCAAGGCCAUUGUGGUGACGGACGGGGAGCGCAUCCUCGGCCUGGGUGACCUGGGGGGCUAUGGUAUGGGCAUUCCUGUGGGGAAGCUGGCGCUCUACACGGCGUGUGGCGGUGUUCGGCCGCAGCAGUGUCUCCCCGUGCUGCUGGACGUCGGCACCGACAACCAGGCGCUGCUCGAUGACCCGCUGUACAUCGGACUGAAGCACAAGAGAAUCAGAGGAAAGGAGUACGAUGAUCUGAUCGAUGAGUUCAUGCAGGCGGUGACGGACAAGUACGGGAUGAACUGUCUGAUACAGUUUGAGGAUUUCGCCAACAGCAACGCCUUUCGCAUCCUCAACAAAUACAGGAAUCGAUACUGUACCUUCAAUGAUGACAUCCAAGGCACUGCCUCGGUAGCCGUUGCCGGGGUCCUAGCUGCUCUGAAGAUCACCAAGAACAAACUCUCAGACCACACCUUUGUUUUCCAGGGGGCAGGCGAGGCUGCUCUGGGUAUUGCUCACCUGCUUAUAAUGGCCAUGGCCAAAGAGGGACUAACUAAAGAAGAAGCUGCCAAGAGAAUCUGGAUGGUGGACUCAAAAGGUCUCAUUGUAAAGGGAAGAAGCCAUCUUAACCACGAGAAGGAGGAGUUUGCUCACGAUCACCCGCACCUGAAGACCCUGGAGGAGGUGGUACAUACCAUGAAACCCACCGCAAUCAUAGGAGUGGCUGCUAUAGCAGGAGCGUUUACCGAGAAGAUUAUCAAAGACAUGGCCUCCUUUAAUGAGAGGCCAAUCAUCUUUGCCCUGAGUAAUCCUACCAGCAAGGCGGAGUGCACAGCAGAGCAGUGCUACAAGCUCACUGAGGGCCGGGGCAUCUUUGCUAGUGGAAGUCCGUUUAACAAGGUGACACUGGCUGAUGGACGAACCUUCUACCCCGGCCAGGGAAACAACGCCUACGUCUUCCCUGGAGUUGCUUUGGGUGUCAUAGCCUGUGGAGUGCGCCACAUAUCUGAUGAUGUCUUCCUCACCACAGCAGAGGCGAUAGCUAACAUGGUAACAGAGGAGCACCUGGCUGAGGGAAGACUGUAUCCUCCCCUCAGCACCAUUAGAGAGGUGUCCUUCAAGAUUGCAGUGAAGAUUGUCAACUAUGCAUACAAACACAACACUGCUUCCCUGUACCCCGAGCCUAAAGACAAGGAGGCGUUUGUGCUGUCUCACAUCUACAGUCCUGAUUACGACUCCUUCACUCUGGACACAUACAGCUGGCCACAGGAGGCCAUGAACGUCCAGGACGUGUGAUCCUGACCGUCUCUCUCUCUAAACUUAAUAUGCUGCCGUGGUGUCACGUACAAGUUCUGCAAAAUGUUGCCAAUGACCUUUUUAGUUUGUUAAUUUCUUUUGUUCUUUAUAAAUGUUAGUAAGUCUCUGCUCCCCUUUCAAAUGGACAGUGGCCAUUAUGAUUUAGAUGUCAAAACAAACAUUCUCUAUGAGUCUCUAUGAGUGUUAAGUACAAUUCUUUAUCCUCUCACAGUGCUGUACUUUUUAAAAGUUUUGUCAGUGUACGUUGUAUCAAUAAUCUGUACCUGAUUGAUGGUCCGACUUGAGUAGAAUAUUUUAUAGCUGCAUGACAGCAUCAUAUCAGAAAUCAUAAGCACGACCUCUAGAAUUUAAACUACACUCCUUCCACUGGAUUUUCGCAGUGAUCCAAAAGCUGAAGUUUCUGAGAGAUGAAUCAUAGCCAGUGCAUUCAAAACAAAGCAGCGGCUCACAGUAACGCACAAUGCUUUAUCUUGUCUUGACACGAAUAAACAGAGGACUCAUUUUGAAGCUUAAAAAAAAGAAUGAAAAAAAUGAACAGAAACUCUCAGUGCCUCUUUCUGUUUGACCUCAGGACAUCACUGCUCCAUUUGAAGAGUUACAACCUCUAGAUUUGUGAGCUGGGUAUCAGAGCUGUCGUAGAAGCCACACUUAGCUCAUCCCUGUAGCUGCUUCUUCAUAUUUUCCACUCCUGUCCGUCUGCACAUGGUUUAACCUGUACACAGGACUGAAAACACUCCAGAAUUUCCUGUAUGUCUGCUUCCCUGUGAGACUCAGUCAAUCCUGAUGGGAGACACUACUGUUGUCUUUGAAUGUGUUCAGAGGAGGGAUUGUUGGGGGAUUGAGUUUCACCAUCAGGAAGUUUUUUUGUAUACAAUGGGUGUGUUUUCCUUUAGUUUUCUACAGAGCUCUGCCUGUUGUUGUAUUUUUGCCAAAGUUACUGAUGCUCUGCUUUAGUGCUGAGAGAUAUGCUUGAGGUUUUCAAAGGGAACAUGAUGGAACUUUUGGAAUAAAAUUGUUAAGAAAAUCAGAA